AUGGCAACAGCGGUGCAAAUAAUUCCAGAGGCAACUCAAAACCAUAAUUACAAGACUCUUCCCGUGUACCAACAAGUUCCAGAGACUAAAUAUGAGCUUGAGUGGGCAGAUUUGGUUACACUUGAUCUUUCCAAAUUCGACCAGCCAGGUGGCAAGGAAGCACUCGCUAAACAGCUGUUUGAUGCCAUUCAAAACAUUGGUUUCUUCUACAUUGUCAACUUUGGUCUCAGCCAAGAAGAGGUUGACCGCCAAUUUGCGAUUGGAAAAUCUGUCUUCGAACUCACCACCGACGAAAAGCUAAGAUAUCGCGCCGACUUGGAGAACGGUGGCUACAAUGGCUACAAGCCUCUUGGGUUAAGAGAAAUCAGACCUGGCGUUUUUGACAACACCGAAAUCUUCAACAUCCCAAAGUUCAUACCUGCCUAUGAGCGCCCACAGCCUGAGGUGAUCAACGAAAAUCGAGCAGAAAUUGAGCAUUUCGCACGUCAUAUUCACAGAAAUAUCGUGCGAAAGCUUCUUGUCUUGUUUGCCAUCGUGUUAGAGCUGCCAGAAGACCACUUCGCCGCCCAUCAUCGCUAUGACGAGGCGUUGUCGGACUGUCACUUGAGAUACAUGAAGUACCACGCACGAGAUGCCGAGACCAAUGAGAAAUUGGAGAAUGUCUGGGUCAAAGGCCACACCGACUUUGGGAGUCUGACUCUGCUUUUCAGGCAACCUGUUGCAGCUCUGCAGGUUAGAGGUAAAGAUGGGAACUGGAAAUGGGUCAAACCAUACGACGGUAGCAUUACUGUCAACGUGGCCGACGCACUGGACUUUCUCAGCAACGGAUUCUUGAGAAGCAGUAUCCAUCGUGUCGUUGCCCCGCCUCCAGACCAGGCCGGGAUUGAUCGCCUGGGUGUACUGUACUUCGUACGGCCUGAAGAUAGCCUUGAGUUGAGGCCAGUUCAAAGCAAGGUUCUGGAAAGGCUGGGCUAUGAUUCGAACGAGGACACGAAUUUGGCCGGAAUCACAGCCGGUGAAUGGGUCAAGGCUCGUGUAAGGGCUGGAGUCAAUCGCAACCAAGCAAGAAGCGAAAUUUCGGAGCAGGAGAUUGUGAGAGGAGUGAAGGCUAAGUAUUACGACUGA